AGCAGGCGCCAUCUUGACAUCCGGGAACUCUUCCUCUUCGUCGCAGCAGUCCCACAAUCCUCCGCAGUGCUCCACAUUUGGAUUUUGUGCUUCAGGUGUCAAACCCAAGAUGGCACUUAACCAGUUAUUCCACUUGUCCUCCCUGUUUCGCUCUGCCGUCAGCCUGACCCUGCGCAGGAACAUCGGCAUCUCCGCUGUCCUCUUCAACAAGAGCAAGGAGCUCGACCCCGUCCAGAAGCUGUUCCUGGACAAGAUCCGGGACUACAACAACAAGAGCAAGAGUUCUGGUGGUAUCGUGGAUGCUGGCCCAGGUUACCAGAAGAAUCUGAAUGAAGAGGUGACCAAACUGCAGAGGCUAUAUGGAGGAGGAGACAUGACAAAGUUCCCCGAUAUCAAGUUCACAGAGCCCAAGCUUGAGGAAGGUGCCAAGUGAAUGCUGUCCAUGUUGUAAAUCUCCUACAUGUAACCAUCAAUAUGUUGUAUUUAAUAAAAAGAGAUUGGAUUGA